GAGCCGCGGUCCGCGAGGGUUUGACAGCGGGACGGACGGAUGGAGGCGGCGGGCCGAGCCGGAGCGGCGGCGUGAGGCUGUGCCGGGCCUCAGCCCGCACUAUGGGCAGCGCGGACUCCAAGCUGAACUUCAGGAAGGCCGUGAUCCAGCUCACCACCAAGACACAGCCUGUGGAGGCAACAGAUGAUGCCUUCUGGGACCAGUUCUGGGCAGACACAGCCACUUCAGUGCAGGAUGUCUUUGCCCUUGUGCCAGCUGCAGAGAUCCGAGCAGUGAGAGAGGAAUCGCCUUCCAACUUGGCGACUCUGUGUUAUAAGGCUGUGGAGAAGUUGGUGCAGGGAGCAGAGAGCGGCUGCCACACAGAGAAGGAGAGACAAAUCGUCUUGAACUGCAGCCGGCUCCUCACUCGUAUCCUGCCUUACAUCUUUGAGGACCCAGACUGGAGAGGUUUCUUCUGGUCAACUGUCCCUGGGGCUGGCCGAGGAGGGGGAGAUGAAGAUGAUGAAAAUGCCCGGCCGCUGGCUGAGUCAUUGCUCCUUGCUGUUGCAGAUUUGCUCUUCUGUCCCGAUUUCACUGUGCAAAGCCACCGGAGAAGCACGGUGGACACAGCAGAAGAUAUCCACUCCAUUGACAGCUGUGAGUACAUCUGGGAGGCAGGAGUGGGCUUCGCUCACUCUCCACAGCCUAACUACAUUCAUGACUUGAAUAGGACAGAGCUGCUUAAGCUGCUGCUGACUUGCUUCUCUGAGGCAAUGUAUCUGCCUCCAUCUUCAGACAGCAGCAACACCAACCCCUGGGUGCAGUUUUUCUGCUCUACUGAGAACAGACAUGCACUCCCCCUCUUCACCUCACUCCUGAAUGUCGUCUGUGCCUACGAUCCGGUGGGUUAUGGGAUUCCUUACAAUCAUCUGCUUUUCUCUGACUACCGUGAGCCCCUGGUGGAGGAGGCAGCCCAGGUCCUGAUUGUCACUUUGGACUACGACAGCUCCACCAGUUCAAGUCCUACAGUGGAUGGCACAACUACUGGCACGGCCAUGGAUGAUGUGGAUCCUCCAGGACCAGACAAUCUAUUUGUGAAUUACCUCUCAAGAAUACAUCGAGAGGAGGAUUUCCAGUUCAUCCUGAAAGGAGUGGCGCGUUUGUUAUCAAACCCGCUGGUCCAGACCUACCUGCCAAACUCUGCCAAGAAGAUCCAAUUCCAUCAGGAACUUCUUGUUCUCUUCUGGAAACUCUGUGACUUCAACAAGAAAUUCCUCUUCUUUGUGCUGAAGAGCAGUGAUGUUCUGGAUAUCCUUGUCCCAAUCUUGUAUUUUCUCAAUGAUGCCAGAGCAGACCAGUCACGAGUGGGGUUGAUGCACAUCGGGGUGUUUAUCCUCCUGCUUCUCAGUGGGGAGCGUAACUUUGGGGUGCGACUGAACAAGCCGUAUUCUGUACGAGUGCCUAUGGACAUCCCUGUCUUCACAGGGACUCAUGCGGAUCUGCUCAUCAUAGUCUUUCACAAGAUCAUAACUAGUGGGCAUCAGCGUCUGCAGCCUCUCUUUGACUGCCUGCUCACCAUCAUUGUGAACGUGUCUCCGUACCUGAAGUCCCUUUCCAUGGUGGCUGCUAACAAGUUACUGCAUCUCCUGGAGGCUUUCUCCACCACCUGGUUCUUGUUCUCUGCUGUCCAGAACCACCAUCUUGUUUUCUUCCUGCUGGAAGUUUUCAACAACAUAAUUCAGUACCAAUUUGAUGGGAACUCUAAUUUGGUGUACGCUGUUAUCCGCAAGCGGAAUGUAUUUCACCAGCUGGCCAACUUACCCACGGACUCGCAGUCCAUCCAGAAAGGUCUGCAGCGCAAGAAGAAAUCCCCAGAGCCGAUUUCUCGCACCAACUCCCAGGACGGAGCCUCCAUGGAGGGGUCACGUCCUGCUGCCCCCGCUGAGCCGGGGACACUGAAGACAAGUUUGGUGGCUACUCCAGGGAUUGACAAGCUCACAGAGAAGUCACAGGUGUCGGAGGAUGGGACCAUGCGUUCGCUGGAGCCUGAAUCUUCACAGCCUCUGCCAGAGGGUAACCUGCCCUCUGCUGCGAGCGAUGGGGAGCCCUGGAGUGGGGAAGUGUCACAUCCCCAGCGGGAUCGAAGGCGUCUCUCCAGUGCAUCCUCCAGUGGGCUGUGGACCCCAACGCCUGACUGGGUGAUGUCUUGGAAGUCAAAGCUUCCUCUGCAGACCAUCAUGCGGCUGCUACAGGUACUGGUCCCUCAGGUGGAGAAGAUCUGCAUUGACAAGGGUCUCACAGAUGAGUCAGAGAUCCUCAAAUUCUUGCAGCAUGGCACGCUGGUGGGGCUGCUGCCAGUCCCUCACCCCAUCCUCAUUCGCAAGUAUCAGGCUAACUCAGGCACUGCCAUGUGGUUCCGGACCUACAUGUGGGGUGUGAUUUAUUUGAGGAACGUGGAUCCCCCUAUCUGGUAUGACACAGAUGUGAAGCUGUUUGAAAUUCAGCGAGUCUAAGAGAGCACUUACCUCUACUAAGAGAAAUACACUGGAUCUAAAGACCUUGCUGUGUGCUGCUUCAUCACAGCUGUUCCUGCAUUUCACAUCCAGAUGGGAGACCAAAAGGACAAUCACUCCAUUUACCUCCCUGUCAUUUAAAGCUUUAAUUGGGGCCUGUGUGGACAUCCCUCCCCCAGCUCACUUCUCCUCCUUUACCCUUCACCUUGAACCCCGGGUGAAAGAUGUCUAAGGGAUUGUCCAUUGUUGUGGUUGCACUAGAAGUCAGACUGUUCUUAGCUCUUCUGUUAUUAUUUUGCUCCUGGAUUUGGUUUGGAAACUGUUUUGACCUUGUCCUUGCCCUGGUCAGUGUCAGCAUUUAAUUGAAAAGACUAACUGUAAGUUGGGUGCAAGGGAGAAGCUGCUAUUCCUGCAGGCAGUGGGGUUUGGAAAUGGUAGUUACUUUCAAGUGGCUCCACAGUGUUUCUGGGGCACAUCUUGUGACUGCGGGUGUCUCCCUGAUGUUGCAGUUGUAUAUUGGUAGGGAAAUCUUUCCAAUCCAAAUGAAAGAGGAAGUUACUGAAGGAAGAAAAUUGUCUCAGCUCUGAAUCUCUCUACUUCUUUCCUGGAAAGCUGCUUGAAGAGGUCCUUUAGUAGGUGGCACUCUGGUCUGGUAGGUGUUCUUUGGCUUCCAGGCCCAGCAACCUGUCCUUCAUGGUCGAGUGUUGCAGUGGUGUGUGUGUGUGUGUGUCACUUUGGAUUUGAUUCUCAUAAGCACACAGGAGGGAAUGGACCGGCUCAGCGGCAACAAGAAGAGGUAAUUAGCCUCUAUUGGACCUCACCAGCUGACUGAAGGGACGCUGUCACCUGGGUUUGAGAGGAACCGUAUCCUUCUGACUCUGCUUGUGGAGCAGAGGGGUCUUUUGCACACUACUGUCUGAAGCCAGAAAUUGAGGAUGGCUCUCAGGGAAGUUGUGGGAGGAAUUUGGAAGCUGUAGGAGGAAAAGCAUCUCCAUAUCACUGGGGAGUGGAGAGUGAGUGCUGAGGCAAAAUUUGAUAUUCUGGGCAUUUUGCUAGUGAAAGACAUGAGGUCUUGAAAGUCUGGGGAGGCAGAGCAGGAAGCAGUGGAAGACUGGCUGUUGUUGGCAUGGUUCAGCAGCAUGUAGUUGCACAUUGGUAGGUGGAGUCAUCAAACCGUGUGCUCUGUGGAGAGGGGCUGCUGCCUUAGGCCUGUGAGGUCUUUAGGCAAGGCAAUGCCAAAGGCCCUGUCGUGACCUCUUCACCAAAGCUUAAUCCGUGCUGCACUUGUCCUCAGCCUUGGGUGUCACUGGGCCAUCAGCUGUUCUAAGCUAUGACAGACAGGCGAGAUCACUCUGUGGAAACUGGUCUUACGCUCCUGUGUAAGGGAGGGUGUGCAGUCUUGUUCCUGGUGGCCCUUCCCUAAGUGUUGGAGUUACAGUGACGGCAGCGUGGCUUUCAUCUCCAGCACCUGCUGGUCUGUAGGCAGGUGGUUUUCUCCACUUCUGACACUGAAAGUAGCCUGCAGUCCUAGGGCAGCUGAAAGCUGAAAUAAAGCCUGGAUGGUUUUUCUGAUGGAUAAGAAAUACGAGAAAUAGAGGUUAAUUUCCUCACCUCUUCCCUGUUCCAUCUCCGCUCUGCUUUGUUAUUUAGCACUACACUCAUCCUGAUGCAGUCUUUGGCUAUCAGCAGGGUGAGAUCUCUGUUUCAGUAGGAAUCUCUCGUAUACAAGAAUGUGAUUUGGUGGGGAUGGCCUCUGACUGUAUGGCACUCACACCUCACAGCCAGAGCGGGACAGCUUGUGUCCCAUGUGCUUGCCUCUUCCCCCUGUGGAUCUACUGACUCCUAUGAUUUCUUCCAUCUUUUCUGCUUUAUUUCUUUGUGAGUUCCUUUGGAAACAUUUUUUGUUUUUCUUGGUGUUUGGAGUCUAAUCUUUGUUCUGUGAAAAUCAACUUGCACUGUAAACUAUUUGCUUAAUUACAAGUGAAAGAUAAAGAUUAUCUGAAACAUGCAA